AUGCAACGUCGACCGUACAAGACCUGGACACCACUACACGAGUACAAGAUCGUCAGUGAGGAUUCUCCUCAGACGGGCGUGUCAAGCUCCGCUGGGUCGCUAGCCUCCCAACUGCUUGGAGCAAUCUGGAGAGAUAACACAAACAAAGAUUACACUCACAACAGAGAUAACACCACCAACAAAGAUAAACCCACCAACAAAGAUAACACCACCAACAAAGAUAAACCCACCAACAAAGAUAACACCACCAACAAAGAUAACCCCACCAACAAAGAUAACCCCACCAACAAAGAUAACACCACCAACAAAGAUAAACCCACCAACAAAGAUAACACCACCAACAAAGAUAACCCCACCAACAAAGAUAACACCACCAACAAAGAUAACCCCACCAACAAAGAUAACCCCACCAACAAAGAUAACACCACCAACAAAGAUAAACCCACCAACAAAGAUAACACCACCAACAAAGAUAAACCCACCAACAAAGAUAACACCACCUACAACACAAAGACAAUGCCAACAAAGCUAACACAACCUACAGCUCAAACAUAA